CAUGGCUCGGGAGGUGCUGGCCCUGGGCGAGCAGCUGGCGGCCGAGUCCACCUGCCCGGUGUGCCUGGAGCUGUUCUCGCAGCCCGUGCUCACCGAGUGCGGGCACAGCUUCUGCGAGCGCUGCCUGCGGGCCGUGCUGGGCUGUCCGCCGGGCCCCGCCGCCUGCCCGCAGUGCCGGGCCGCGCUGUCGCCGGGCUCGCUGCGCCCCAACCGCUCGCUGGGGGCCGUGGCGGGGCUGGCGGGGGCCCUGGAGGAGGCGGCGCGGCGGCCCCGCUGCCCCGAGCACGGCGAGCCCCUGGCGCUGUUCUGCGAGCCCUGCGCGGCCCCGCUGUGCCCGCUCUGCAGGGACGGGCCCGCGCACCGCCCGCACCGCGCCCGCGCCGCUGAGAGCGCUGCCCGGGAGCUCAGGGAGACACUCCAGAGCAACCUGGUUUUUCUGCAAAAAGCAAGGGAAGAAUUAAAGCCCAAAGGAGAGCCAAAAAGUGAUGAGCUGCUGCACACGGUGGCCUUGGAGGAAGAGAGGCUGCAGAACACCUUUGAGGAGCUGGAGAAGUUCCUGCAGGAGCAGAAGAAGGUCCUGCUGGCCCAGCUUGGCCCAGUGUCCCAGGAGCUCGUCAAGAGUCGCUCCGAAUACAACUCCCGUGUGGCAGAGAGGGAAUCGCUGCUGGACACGCUGAUCGGGGACAUCGAGAAGAAACAGGACCAGCCGGAGGUGGAAUUCCUCAUGGAUGUUGGCAAAGUCCUAAGCAGCUGUGAGGCAGCCAAGGCCCCAGUCCCAGAGGUGGUUUCCCCGGAGCUGCAGAGGACUGUUGAGACCCUCUCUGAGACGUGCCAGCUGGUCCUGGGCACAGUGGCCAAAUUCAAAGAGAACCUGCUGAGCAACAUAGACAGGGAAAGGGAGAAGGUGAGGCUGGACCCAGAGACGGCGAGUCCUUUCCUGCUCCUCUCUGCAGACCACAGAACCCUGCGCCUCGCAGAGGGAUUCCAAAACCUCCCCGACACCCCCCAGAGAUUCACGGACAGCCCCAGCGUGCUGGGCUCCCAGGGGUUCACGGCUGGCAGGCAUUACUGGGAGCUGGAGGUUGGGAAGGGGCACAGCUGGGCCGUGGGGGUGGCCCUGGAGUCCGUGCAGAGGAAGGACUUGCUCAGCAUUGCCCUGGGCAAGAUCUGGGCCCUGCGGCUGGACUGGGAUGGCCAGUACACGGCGCUCCACGGGCUGCCCGCCCUGCUGGCACUGCAGGAAAAGCCCCGGAGAAUCAGGGUCCACCUGGACUACGAAGGGGGCCAAGUGACCUUCUACAACACAGAGAACAUGGUGCAGAUCUUGCAGUUCAAGACCUCCUUCACCGAGAAGGUCUUCCCGUACUUUUGGCUCUGGUCAGCAGACACCUUCAUCCGCCUGUGUGACUGAUGGGGUCGGGUGCCUCCCACUGCCCUGCCGUGCCCUGGGCUGGCUGAGCAGGCAGGAAGCCUGGCAGUGACACAGCACCACGCUGCAAACUCACCACAGCUCUGCCCGGGCUGGGUCUGCUCUGUGCGUUGCUGCAUCUCCUCCUUCUGAGCCCUCUGGAGCAUUAAAGAUGUGCUGUCCUGCC